GUGGUAAACCAGGCAUCUGAGAGUGUGUGACCGCAGUUCCACCUGCUGACACGCGGGAUCUUCAUCUCAGGAUGCCUCACAAGAGCAAAAAAGAAAAGGAUUCCUCCAGGUCUGGAAGAUCUAAAAAGUCUGGAGGUAAAAAUGGACCUGCAGAUGACCAGGAUGGCUCUGGUAAGAAAGUGCCUCCUGCUACUCAACUGCUGAGAGUGAAGCAGCCGGGGUCCCACUCAGCCAUGAAAAAGGAAAAGAGGUUCAGCACUUCUUCUUUUCCCCUCAGUGCUAACAGAGAGCUGCAGAAACUACCUGCACUGGCAGAUGUGCCCCCUGCAGAACAGGAGAAGCUCUUCAUCCAGAAGCUGCGACAGUGCUGUGUUCUUUUCGACUUCCUUUCUGACCCACUGAGUGACCUGAAAUGGAAGGAAGUGAAGCGGGCGGCCCUGAGCGAAAUGGUGGAGUACAUCACCCAUAACAGGAAUGUCAUCACAGAACCCAUCUACCCAGAGGUGGUGCACAUGUUUGCUGUGAAUAUGUUCAGGACGUUGCCUCCAUCGUCCAACCCAACUGGAGCAGAGUUUGAUCCAGAAGAGGAUGAGCCAACUCUAGAAGCAGCAUGGCCCCACCUGCAGCUCGUCUAUGAAUUUUUCCUUAGGUUUUUAGAAUCACCUGACUUCCAGCCUAACAUAGCGAAGAAAUACAUUGAUCAGAAAUUUGUUAUGCAGCUCCUAGAACUAUUUGACAGCGAAGAUCCCAGAGAGAGAGACUUCCUGAAAACGACUCUCCACAGGAUCUAUGGAAAGUUUCUGGGGCUGAGAGCGUACAUCAGAAAACAGAUCAAUAACAUUUUCUAUAGGUUUAUCUAUGAGACUGAGCACCAUAAUGGUAUAGCUGAACUACUGGAAAUACUUGGAAGCAUAAUCAACGGAUUUGCCUUACCACUAAAAGAGGAGCACAAGAUUUUCCUGUUGAAGGUUUUAUUGCCCCUGCACAAAGUUAAAUCACUCAGUGUCUACCAUCCACAGCUGGCCUACUGUGUUGUGCAGUUUUUGGAAAAAGACAGCACUCUAACUGAGCCGGUGGUAAUGGCUCUUCUAAAGUACUGGCCAAAGACUCACAGUCCCAAGGAGGUGAUGUUCCUCAACGAGCUGGAGGAGAUCUUGGAUGUCAUAGAGCCCUCUGAGUUUGUGAAAGUGCAGGAGCCUCUCUUCAGACAGCUGGCCAAGUGUGUGUCCAGCCCACACUUUCAGGUAGCGGAGAGAGCUCUGUACUACUGGAACAACGAAUACAUCAUGAGUCUCAUCAGCGACAACGCAGCGAAGAUUCUGCCGAUUAUGUUUCCCGCUCUGUACCGCAAUUCAAAGACGCACUGGAACAAGACCAUCCAUGGCCUCAUCUACAACGCUCUAAAGCUUUUUAUGGAGAUGAAUCAAAAGCUCUUUGAUGAUUGCACACAGCAGUUCAGGGCUGAGAAAAACAAAGAGAAGGCGAAGUCGAAAGAACGUGAAGAGGCUUGGAUCAAGAUCGAGAACCUCGCCAAAUCCAACCCACAGUUCUAUAUAUAUGUUGAUUCCUCUGACCUCAAUAGUCCUGUAGCAAUGGAGACGGAUGUCCCUUUGAUAGAAGAUGUUCAGAGGUUAAAAAAGACAGUUGAGGAGGGCGCAACUCAGUUGCAGCAUGAACAGCGAAAAGAGCGGCCCAUGGUGCGACGUAAAUCUGAGCUGCCUCAGGAUAUCUACACCACAAAAGCCUUGGAGUCCCACCGCAGAGCUGAAGAAAUGUUGACCACCCACGACGGACUCUAGGUCCUUUCAAAUGCCCCUUCUACCCUCGACAGCCAUGGACAUCUUCUUUGCCCGGGUGCCAGAAUUACACAGGCGAACUGUGCUGGGCUUUCCAUCCCUCUCCCCACCAUCAGUUUUCCGUCAAAUCCUUAGUUCUAAUUCAUUCCUGCUGCCUCAGUGCAGAAACCAUGUACCCACCUCCCUCAGUUUUCUGCUUUUCUCAGGUUUUCUUUUCUUUGACGAUGAGUGGGGGUUUAUAUGUGAGACUAUUAGCCUUUUUGGCAUACAAUAUAGUUUCUUGUCCUUCUCCAUGUUGUUUCACCUCCUUUUCUCCUACCAUCACUCCAUGCACUCACUGUAGUUGUAGAACCUGGGAGUACAGAUGACACAGGUUCUUAUUUCCUUCGUUCAAGCCUGUUCACAGUGGAUCAGACACGAAAAAGGAACUGCUUGACUCUAAGGAUCGUCUCUUGGUUUCGUCUCUGUUUUCUUCUCGUAAAGGGAGCAAAAACAGACCCUAUUAUUCAGAUGAAAGACAAGACUUUCAUGCCAUUUUUUUUAAUAUAUGUAUUGCUCUAACAGACAUCUUGUCAGUGCCAAGACUUGUGUUCAUGUAUGAUUUAUGAUUUUAUCUGUCACUCUAACAAGGACACCUGCCUUUGUUUCUAGUCAUUGUUAUUUGUCUUUUUUUUUUUUUUUUUUUUUCCCCCAGCACACUUUAGACCAAACUGGGCUCUGUCCUUAGCCUUGCAACGUCCAGGAAAGAUGGCGAGGAAAGGGGAAGUUGUCCUUUUGGACAUCUUUAUACUUUCCAUUUUAUUGUUUUUGUGCCAUAUGACGCUUUUUUUAUAUGCUUGCUUCCUUAUGUUCACUGGCAAUAUUUGAAAAACAGACCAUAGCAAUGCCUAGACAGUUCAAACAAUGGUACUUGCUAAGUUUAUGAUGAACCUGAAUAAAGACUAAGUGUAUUUGCUACCUGUAUUGUAGCAUAUAUAUAUAAUAUAUAAAAUAUAUAUAAAAAACUCCUACACUAAGUUGGGGCCUUUGCUGAUUAGUAAUGAGUAUGAUAUAUAUAUAUAUAUAUAUAUUGGUGAUGUGAGCUAUAAAUUCCCAGGAUUUUAAAAUAAUAAAGUUUAUAAGAUCAGUAGCUGUUCAGACUCAUUAAAUGACUCACUAGAAGAGCUAUCAAAGCUUAAUUUCCUCAACGUGUUUAAGUGUAGCAUGUUUGUGUUGCUACAAUCCUUAUUUUAGUGUGUGGGUUUUACAAAUGGGAUCCCUCUCAGUAAGGAUGAUGUUUAAGGUUGGAAACUUUCCCAGUCAGUACCAUUGUUUAAACUAAGGAGCUCUGCUAGAACAAAUAUGUGUUGUAUCUCUUUAUUGUCUCUGGAGGUAAGUAGUGUGGAUGUCCCCCUCUCUCUCUCUUUCUUUUUUUUCUCUGGCUGUUCAUUCCAGUUUAGAAACUGACUGCUAUGACACGGCCACAAAAGAAAUGCCAGAUGCUGAAAAUAAACUGACAUUGUGACUUGGCUUGUUAACUGUAUUAAUACUGUAUUUGCUUGAAUGCAAAAAGUUGUAAAUUAAAACUACCAUGUUAAACAUGUACCUUUUUACCCCUGGAGGAAUGCCAUUCACCAAACUGAUUUCUGUUGUUGCAGUCAUAAAACUGUCCUGCUUGCUGGGAGAGAUGUGGUAUUUAAUUUUAAAUAAGUCUGAUAUAUUGGAGGUUUCUUUUUAGUCCUGAAAAAAAGUCAUCCAUGAAAACAAAAGAUGAUUUAGAAAUUAUUUGGUGGCUUGUUCUCUUUCUGCAGGUCUUUUGAUUUUAACACAUUAUUUCCAAAACAUGUUAACUUAAAGUGUCCUUUUGUAUUUGACCUGUACUAUAUGAUUCAUUUAAUAUUGUAUAUAUGAUUUACCUUGUUUCAUGUAGUGUUAUAUAUCUAGAUUAAUUUUGUACAAAUUGUCCCUCUGUACAGAAUAAAACAUCAAUAGCAAGUAAAAGAAGUCAGUCUGGCACAUACCGUCUUAUUUUCCUGUUUUGGCUGUAAUUAUGAGAAUUUAGAAUAAGAUUUUAUUUUUAUUAAAAUCUGAAAAGUUUCUUCCCCUCCCUUUUUAAAUGACAACUGUUUGUCCAUUGUGUGCUCCUAUCACUGUCAUAGUGAUGUAAACCUAUAUCAAAUGAAUAAAGAGAUCAUUUGACUAUA